AUGUCCCAUAGUUUAGACAGUUCGGGCUCGGGUAACCUGCGUUUGGGCAGCCAACGGUUUGAAACCGACUCAAAAGAAGAGGUGGCUAAGGGAUCAAUUGGAUCUGGUCUUAAUAAUACUGACACUUCUCCACAUUCGAAUUUGCGGGCAAUUGUUGACAUUGGUUCAAAUGGAAUUCGGUUCAGUAUUUCUUCGGUGGAUCCUGCUCGGGCUAGAGUAUUCCCGUGUGUUUUCCAGGAUCGAGCAGCCAUUUCUCUGUUUGAUUCGCUUCACAGCUCACCUCCCAGUGUUCUAGAAAGCAAUGACGAGGAUCCCAGUGAAGAACCGCCUUCAGUAGAUGUGACUCUGGCAGGAGCAUCAGCAGCAGCAGCGGCAGCGGUCGAUUCGUUUCCAACAGCAGCUUCAUCGUCGGUGAAAAAUAAUAUUUCGCCAGCUACUAUUCUCGAGGUGAAAAAUGCCUUGAUUAGGUUCAAAAAGAUUUGUCAUGAUUUCGGAGUUCCCGAUUCGGACGUCAGAGUUAUUGCUACUGAAGCCACUCGUGAAGCCCCUAAUUCUGUUCAAUUCAGACAGGAAUUAAAAGAUGCCACUGGCUGGGAGGUCCUUCUUCUCAGUAAACAGGAGGAAGGUAGAACUGGCGCUUAUGGAGUAGCCUCAUCGUUUUUCGAAAUCCACGGCUUGUUUAUGGAUAUUGGCGGAGGAAGUGUUCAAUUGUCAUGGAUCUCGUGUAAAGAGGGCAAGUUUCUCAUGUCAGAUACUCCAGUGUCUCUUCCAUAUGGGGCAGCUGCUCUGACCCGCCGUCUUCAACGAGAACCUAGAGAAUCUGUUCGCCAGGAAAUUGCCAAGAAUAUUGCCAGUGCCGUCGAACAUAUUGCCAUUCCGUCUCAUCUUACAGAGGCGGCUAAAAAGACUGGUGGGUUUAAAUUGUAUGUUUGUGGAGGCGGUUUUCGAGGACUCGGUCACCUGUUACUCAGUACCCAUCAUGUACAGCCAUAUCCACUGCCAAUCAUCAACGGAUUCUCAUGUACUGGUAUAGAUAUUGCCAAACUAGUAUCUCUGGAUUCUAAUGAUACAACUGUGGCCACAACUUCGUCUGGAGCUAAUAAAGUAUUCCGGGUUUCAGAAAGAAGAGCCAAUCAACUACCAGCAGUGGCUCUACUUGUUUCACAAGCAUUAGAGGUGCUACCUGCUAUUCGCAAGGUAUUGUUUUCACAAGGAGGUGUUCGUGAAGGAGCUCUUUUCCACGACCUUCCAUCGUCAAUUCGAAGCCAGGAUCCACUACUAGUAGCCACCUCGCCAUAUGCUCCUGGAUUGUGUCACCGGUAUGUAGAAAUCCUCCAAGGAGGAUUUACAUCUACAACGCCAUACGUCAUUCGCAACCGGAUUGCCAAAGCACUUGUCAACGUCUCGUUCAUACACUCGUCGUACCCGAAAGAACUACAACCCAACGCCGGCCUUAAUAUAUGCAUCACCGGCGUUGUAUCAGGAACCCACGGGCUUUCACAUGAGGUGCGUGCACUACUAGGACUAGCUUUGUGUCAACGAUGGGGCGGUGAGCUGCCCGACAGACGACUUAAAGACGCCCUUCUAUCCAUUUUAAGUGCGCGAAAACUCGCCUGGUGGGCCAUUUAUACCGGCCACCUGAUGCACGUCAUUGGCGGCGUGUAUCCCGGAGGAAACGUAAGAGACCGAAUCAUGUCGCUACGUACUGAAAACGUCACCGACAAGGGAUUCACGCUCAUCCUCAACGUAGUGGCCGACGAUGUGCGAGCCAACGCCAUUAUGGUCCGCGGCCGCAUCAACGGGCUCGAGAAGAAGCUUAAAAAGCUCAGCAAAGACCUCGGCUCCGCCAACAGCCACAAGGUCAAUGUCAUAGUAAACUGGGUUUAA